UCUCUCUUUCUCUAAAACAGAGAGAGAAGAAGACGAUACAUCUCAAGUUCUCUCUCGGUUCUCUUCUCACAAACACCUCCGUCGCCAUCUCUAUGUUCUUGUGUUGUCAUCACCAUCUCCAUUACUAUCUUCGAACUUAGAUCUCUAAGAUUCAAUGGCUCUAAGGGAAAGAAGAGGAACAAUUGUCAUUACCACUAAAAAUACAAGAAGGCAAAUUAGUAAACGGAGACAAAUAGAAGAAGAAAAGGAAGAAAGCACAAGAUUGGAGCAGUCUGUAGGAGAAGAUGGAAGUACAAGGUUGGAGAAGUCUAUAGAAGAAGGAAGCAGAAGGUUGGAGAAUUCUACGGAAGAAAAAGAUGAAGAAACAGGUGAAGCAGAUGCUUCUUCCACUAAUGCAAAUGCCUCAAAUGAUAAAUCCAAAAGUAAUGAAAAUGCAAAAGGUGAAAAUAGAGGAUUCGAGGAUGAACAGAGAACGAAACACCGACACGAUACACCUAUCUUGGAGGAGAAGACAUCUCAUAUUGUCGAAUUCUCUCCGGUCAAUCCUUCACCCGAUACCUUACUUGUCAAGCCUAUUAGAUAUUUGGAUUAAAGCUUUGAGACACUAAUUGAUGGUAUCCAAGUUUGAUGGGCUUUGUUAAUGUUAAGUCUGGGUUGUGUAAGUCUUUUUCUGAGUUUAGAAAGAUUUUAGAAGAUAAAAAAUUGAUGAAGUUCUUUAAAUCUUCAAUUUUCGGGAAGUACUUAA